AUGCCUAGCAAACCCAAGUCUCGAUGGGCAGACACUGAAGAGGAUGCUGCCUUAGAAGCAAAGCAGAAAAGGCAAAAGGAGGAAAAGAAGCGCCUCAAAGCAGAAAAGGCUCGACGACUCGAAGACCGCAAAGCAAAAGAGGCAGGAGCCACCAAGGAGACGCACCAGGCCGACGACGAUGAUGAGCGGCCAAGCAAGCGGCGGAAGGUCACACCCGAUAGGACCGCUCGAGACCGGAUGAAGGCGAGCCUACGAGGAUGGGCGCCGUGUCGAUCGGCGAAGAACUACAAGAAGCUGAACGAUAUUGAAGAGGGCACGUAUGGGCACGUUUCGCGGGCGAAGGACGUCGCGACGGGCCGAAUCGUGGCCCUCAAGCGCCUGAAGCUUGACGAGGCCGAUCGCAACGGCAUGCCCGUUACGGCCUUGCGUGAGAUCAAACUCCUGCUUCUCGAAUUCGUCGAACAUGACCUCCGCAGCGUCCUCGAAGACAUGACCGAACCCUUCCUCCCCUCCGAAAUCAAACAACUCGUUCUCCAACUCACCUCGGGCCUCUCCUACCUCCACGAAAACUAUAUCCUCCACCGCGACCUCAAGACUGCCAACCUCCUCCUCAACAACAAGGGCCAGCUCAAGAUCGCCGACUUCGGCAUGGCCCGCCGCACCAGCGACCCCCCUCCCGCAAACCUCACCACCCUCGUCGUUACCCUCUGGUACCGCGCCCCGGAGCUCCUCCUCGGCGCGAAGACUUACACAGCCGCCAUCGACAUGUGGAGCGUCGGCUGCAUUUUCGCCGAGCUGCUCGAGCGUGAGGCCCUCUUCCGCGCUUAUACCGAAGCCGAGCAGAUUUCCAAGAUCUUCGAGGUCGUGGGCGUCCCCACCGAUGAUACCUGGCCCGGAUUCAGACGCCUACCCAAUGCCAAGUCGCUCAAGCUUCCCCGAAAGACGAAGAAGCAAAGCGCCACCGAGGACCGUAUCCGACCAAGGUUCCCCGAUCUUACGAGCGCCGGAUGCGCGCUUCUGAGGGACCUGCUCUCGUUGAAUCCCGAUGCAAGGCCGACGGCGGCCGAGAUGUUGGAGCAUCCGUACUUUCAGGAAAAGCCUAAGCCCAAGGCCGAGGUCCUGUUUCCUACGUUCCCCAGCAAGGCGAACCAAGAGAGGCGACCUCGGAGGGAGCCGCAUGCUCCAGUCCGAGGAGCCGCGGUUGAGCUCGGCGAGGUCGACGUCUCGCAUCUCUUUGCCUCGCGGGAGGGUGAGGCAAAGGGAGCGGGUUUCCGACUACGCAUGGGCUGA